GCGUUAUCCUGACCCUGAUUGGGUAAUGUCGGUUUGUUGUUAAACGUGAUUGGCUGGAGCGCAACACGCCUGUCAGUGGCGCUGACAAAACAGACGCACGCAAGCUACCCAUGAGUAAAUAAACUUAAUGCACACAACAUGCUGACUGCACGGAAGGCAUGCGCAUCUUUGGCCACCAGCCGGCUGCUUGGAGCAUCUGUAUCUGCGACAGUUGAUCCACAGCACCAUCCUAGACGGUUUCAUACAGCCGCCCCACACCAGGACGGAGUGAAAAUACAUGAGGGGUGGGCCAACCUGGCCAGAAAACAGCUGAAAGGGAAAAAUCCAGAAGAUCUGAUCUGGAAGACCCCAGAGGGCAUCUCUAUUAAACCUGUGUACACGCAGGCGGACACUGCCGAGGUCAAAGAUGAACUACCUGGAGUUCACCCCUACACCCGUGGGCCGUACCCUACCAUGUACACCUACAGACCUUGGACCAUCAGACAGUAUGCUGGAUUCAGCACUGUAGAGGAGAGCAAUAAGUUUUACAGGGAUAAUAUUAAAGCGGGUCAGCAAGGUCUUUCGGUGGCCUUUGACCUCCCGACACACAGAGGUUAUGAUUCGGACAAUCCCAGAGUCCAUGGGGAUGUGGGGAUGGCGGGUGUAGCUAUCGAUACGGUGGAGGAUACCAAACUUCUGUUCGACGGAAUACCGCUGGAGAGGAUGUCUGUUUCCAUGACGAUGAACGGAGCUGUCCUUCCCAUCCUAGCCAUGUUCAUCGUGACCGGAGAAGAGCAAGGCGUGCCCAAGGAGAAAUUGACCGGUACCAUCCAGAACGACAUACUUAAAGAGUUCAUGGUGCGAAACACCUACAUAUUCCCUCCUGAACCUUCAAUGCACGUCAUCGCAGAUAUUUUCGCAUAUACCUCAAAGAAUAUGCCCAAAUUUAAUUCUAUAUCCAUCAGCGGAUAUCACAUACAGGAGGCCGGUGCUGAUGCUAUCUUGGAGUUGGCCUACACUAUAGCCAAUGGACUUGAAUACUGCAGAACGGGUCUGAAGGCUGGACUCACCAUUGAUGAGUUUGCACCCAGAUUGUCUUUCUUCUGGGGGAUCGGCAUGAACUUUUACAUGGAAAUCGCCAAGCUGAGGGCAGCACGCCGACUGUGGGCCACGCUCAUCAAAGAGAAGUUUCAGCCCAAAAACUCAAAAUCUCUUCUACUGAGGACUCACUGCCAAACGUCUGGAUGGUCACUGACUGAACAGGACCCUUACAACAAUGUGAUCCGGACUGUGAUCGAGGCCAUGGCGGCUGUAUUCGGUGGCACGCAGUCUUUGCACACAAACUCCUUUGAUGAGGCUUUGGGUCUCCCCACCAUCAAAAGCGCCCGUAUCGCCCGAAACACCCAGAUCAUCAUUCAGGAGGAGUCGGGCAUCCCGAAGGUCGCUGACCCCUGGGGUGGCUCCUACAUGAUGGAGUCGCUCACUGAUGACGUAUACAACUCAGCGCUCAAGUUCAUCACAGAGAUUGAAGAGAUGGGAGGGAUGGCUCGUGCCGUGGCCGAAGGAAUUCCCAAACUGCGGAUCGAGGAAUGUGCAGCCCGCAGACAAGCACGAAUCGAUUCAGGCUCUGAGGUCAUUGUAGGGGUCAACAAGUAUCGUCUGGAGAAGGAAGAAUCAGUUGAUGUGCUGGCGAUUGACAACACAACCGUCCGUAACAAGCAAAUAGAGAAGCUAAAGAAGGUCAGAGAGAGCAGAGACCCGGAGGCGGCGAAAAGAUGCCUGACUGCGAUUGAACGCUGUUCACGCACCAGAGACGGUAACCUGCUGGAGCUCGCUGUGGAGGCUGCGAGAGCUCGAUGUUCGGUGGGGGAGAUCACAGAUGCCAUGAAAUCUGUUUUCGGGGAGCAUAAGGCCAGCACGCGUAUGGUGAGCGGAGCGUACCGCAGCGAGUUCGGCGAACAUGAGGAGAUCUCCCUGGCACACAACAGGGUUGUACAGUUUAAAAAGCAUGAAGGCAGGAAUCCCCGUCUGCUUGUGGCCAAAAUGGGGCAGGAUGGUCAUGAUCGAGGGGCAAAAAUCAUCGCCACUGGAUUUGCAGACCUCGGGUUUGACGUGGAUGUCGGUCCACUUUUCCAGACUCCGGUUGAGGUCGCUCAGCAGGCUGUGGAUGCAGACGUGCACUGCGUUGGGAUCAGCACGCUGGCGGCCGGACACAAGACCCUCGUGCCGGAACUAAUCAAAGAGCUACGUAAGCUCAACCGGCCGGAUAUCCUGGUCAUCUGCGGAGGCGUCAUUCCACCACAGGACUAUGACUUUUUGUACAAGAGCGGCGUCAGCUGUAUCUUCGGCCCCGGGACCAGAAUUCCACAAGCUGCUGUGGAGGUUCUUGACAACAUUGAGAAAAACCUGGAGCAGAUCCGGCAGGCCAUGUAACCAUCGAAUGUGAUCUUGCACAAGCCAACAUCUCUUAGAAAUGAUCUUGAGAAUGACAGUAAUUCAAUGAGUUAUUGGCAAAAAAUAAUGAUUAGAAAAAAAUAAUUAUUAUAACAGCGUGAAAAUAAUCGAUUCUCAAAGCUGUUUGAUUGAAGGAUGACAGCAGUCUUUGGUUUUGUAUAGUUUGACAGUCCAUUAAAAUGUCAAUAUAUGUUUCUAAUGUUGUCACAAGCCUGUUAUUACACAAAUAAUUUCAUUCUUCUUGUGUGACAAGAGAUGUUUAAAAUCCACAUGUGUGGUUUUGUGAUCUGUUGCUUUAUCACUUCUCAUAAAUGUAACAUGGAUGUGCCAAACUACAUUUUAACAAUAUUUAAAGGAACAGUAUGUAGGAUUGUGG